CAUGGCUACUCACACCAGUAUAUCAUGCGGUGGUCCUCACAUUUUAAAGUUUUUGAGCAGUACCAGAAGGCUAGAGCACAAUUUGUACAAACAAUUGCAGAACUUGCAACAAGGCCACAAAAUAUUGAAACACUGCAGAAUGCAGGUGUGAUGUCUCUUUUGAGGCCCCUAUUACUGGAUGUGGUUCCAAACAUUCAGCAGACGGCAGCUUUGGCACUGGGACGUCUAGCUAAUUACAAUGAUGAUCUGGCUGAGGCUGUUGUUAAGGGAGACAUUCUUCCGCAGCUUGUGUAUUCAUUGGCAGAACAAAAUCGUUUCUACAAGAAAGCGGCAGCCUUUGUGUUGAGAGCUGUAGCCAAACACUCUCCUCAAUUAGCCCAAGCAGUGGUGGAUUGUGGGGCCCUGGAUGCACUGGUGAUCUGCCUGGAAGAGUUUGAUCCUGGAGUCAAGGAAGCAGCAGCUUGGGCAUUGGGAUAUGUUGCACGUCACAAUGCAGAAUUGUCGCAAGCAGUAGUGGAUGCAGGAGCUGUUCCUCUUCUGGUUCUUUGUAUCCAGGAACCAGAGGUACCACUGAAAAGAAUUGCAGCAUCUGCACUAAGUGAUAUUGCUAAACAAUCCCCAGAGCUAGCUCAAACUGUAGUGGAUGCAGGGUCCAUUGCUCACCUAGCUCAGAUGAUCCUAAAUCCUGAUGCUAAACUAAAGCGUCAAGUGUUUUCAGCUCUUGGUCAGAUUGCAAAACAUUCAGUGGAUCUAGCAGAAAUGGUCGUAGAAGCAGAAAUCUUUCCUGCUGUUCUAACAUGCCUGAAGGAUUCAGAUGAAUUUGUGAAAAAAAAUGUUGCAACACUAAUUCGGGAAAUUGCCAAGCACACUCCUGAGCUGUCUCAGCUUAUUGUUAAUACUGGAGGUGUGGCUGCUGUCAUUGAUUAUAUCGGUGAUUCCAAAAGCAAUGUCAGGCUGCCUGGUAUUAUGAUGCUUGGUUAUGUGGCAGCUCACUCAGAGAACCUGGCAAUGGCAGUGAUUGUCUCCAAGGGGGUGCCUCAGUUGGCUAUCUGCCUGUCAGAAGAACCAGAAGACCACAUUAAGGCAGCGUCUGCUUGGGCCCUGGGGCAGAUAGGAAGACACACUCCAGAGCAUGCACGUGCUGUUGCUGUGGCAAAUGUUCUGCCAAAGCUCCUUGCACUCUACAUGCAGACUGGAAGCUCUGAAGACCUUCAGAUUAAGGCUAAAAAGGCCCUGAAAAAUAUCCUGCAGAAAUGCACAUAUCUGCCAGCUCUUGAUCCACUACUACAUGAUGCUCCUCCCAAUGUCCUUAAACAUGUUGUUGGACAAUAUAGUAAGGUACUACCACAUGAUGCCAAAGCCCGCCGUCUUUUUGUUACAAGUGGUGGACUGAAGAAGAUUCAAGAGAUUAAAGCAGAACCAGGUUCAGUUAUGCAGGAAUAUAUUAAUGGCAUUAACAACUGUUACCCAGAAGAAAUUGUCAGAUAUUACUCUCCCGGAUAUUCAGAUGCACUGUUAGAAAGAGUGGAAAACUACCAACCAGCUCUUUGAGAAACACUGUGGAUAUUAUUUCAAUCUUUGGU